GUUACGAUUGUCUGUGAUAUAGUGCCAUGUAAAUCAGAACCUCGAUCACAAAGCACGCUAUACAAAAAGAUAUUGGAGUGACUUUCGCUACCACUAAAAAGUGAAGACAACCAUUUGCUGAAGGCUUGCCUUGACACUAACUAUGGACUAUUGGAGUGCCUUGGAGGUGUACAAGGAGAUGCUGUUGCUCUACCUGGAGGAAGGCAGGCGGCUUGUGAACACCAACUGUGAGGCGUUGGAACCAUGGCAGAUCAUUGGAGCCACUCUCAUAUCUACCUUAGGAGCAGUCUGGGUCAAAGGCUUCCUGUUUCAGCAAGAAACCCUGACAUCCCGAAUCAAGAAGCAGUGCUUUCGACUCAUCAGAAAAAUACCCUUUGUUGGCGCGGCAAUCCAGACCCAGCUGAACAAGGCCCUGGAUGACAUGUCUGUCAGUCUUUGCGCACUGAAGGAGGGCAUGAACUACACCAAACAGCUGCCUGAACAAGGGCUAACGCAAGUUGAAGUUCUAGACAGGAUCAGCGAGUACGAAACACUGAAUGAAGUGGAUUGGGAGAAUGGACGAGUGUCCGGUGCAGUGUACUGGGGAGAUCAGACACUUACCAAACUUUUAGUGAAGGUGUAUGGAGACUUUGCAUGGAGCAACCCACUUCACCCAGACAUCUUUCCUGGUGUGAGGAAGAUGGAGGCAGAGGUUGUAAGAAUGACGUGUACCCUCUUCAACGGUGGGCCCAACACUUGUGGCACAGUCACCUCUGGAGGAACUGAAAGCAUAUUGAUGGCAUGCAAGGCGUACAGAGACAUGGCCUAUGAGCGCGGUGUGAAACAUCCUGAAAUCAUUGCACCAAUUAGUGUCCAUGCCGCCUUUGACAAAGCAGCAAACUACUUUGGAAUGAAGCUUGUUCACAUCCCCCUGGACAAAAAUUCAAUGAAAGUGGAUGUUAAGGCGAUGAGGAGAGCUAUCAGUAAGAACACAGCCAUGCUUGUAUGUUCCGCACCCCAGUUCCCGCAUGGAAUCAUUGAUCCUAUUGAGGAAGUAGGAAAGCUGGCUUUAAAGUACAACAUCCCUCUGCAUGUGGAUGCUUGUUUGGGAGGGUUUCUCAUCGUGUUCAUGGCCAAAGCCAAUUAUCCACUGGCUCCCUUUGACUUCAGGGUAAAGGGUGUGACCAGUAUAUCUGCAGACACACACAAGUAUGGCUACGCCCCUAAAGGUUCAUCAGUGAUCCUGUAUAGUGACAAGAAGUACAGGCACUACCAGUACUUUGUGGCUCCAGACUGGCAAGGGGGCAUCUAUGCGUCCCCAUCAGUGGCAGGAUCUCGGCCAGGCGGUAUCAUCGCAGCGUGCUGGGCUACCAUGAUGCACAUGGGAGAGGAUGGCUACAUAAAGGCCACCAAGAAGAUAAUUGACACUGCACGUACCAUCAAGACAGAAAUCCGUAAGAUAAAUGGGGUGUUUGUGUUUGGAGACCCUGAAGUGUCCGUGGUGGCAAUAGGCUCUGACGUCUUCGACAUUUUUCGUUUAUCCAACGCACUGACUUCAAAGGGUUGGAAUCUCAACAUGCUACAGUAUCCAUCCAGCAUCCAUAUCUGUUGUACUGUACUGCACACACAUGAAGGUGUGGCCAAACAGUUAAUCAGUGACAUCAAAGAGCAGGUGGCUCUCAUUUUGAAAAACCCCAAUGAGAAGACCACUGGAAUGGGAGCAAUCUAUGGCAUGGCCCAGUCCAUCCCUGACAGAUCCAUGGUGACCGAGAUCUCCCGAGGCUUCUUGGACUGCCUCUACAGCACAGAGGAGCCCAAGUCGUCUCAGCCUCAGAAGACCCAUAUGAAUGGCAAUGGCAAGGCCCACUGAGUCAGGAGUAGGGUGGCUGUGGACUGGACACACACCUGGGUCAUGUUCAUUAGGGAACAUAAUGGUAAGCGUUGUAAAACUUUUUGCAACGGAAAAUGAAAAGGAGCGUUUACUGGAUAAGCUCAAGUAGUCCCUCCAUGUUUCAGUCCAUUUUCUCAGGUCGGUGACUAAUGAACACAGCCCAGCUUACCAGCCUGCCUCACCUCUGGUCCACCCACUACAUCACUCAACAUUUGCCUUAUCCUGCCCACCUUUUAUCUACCUACUCACCUUUUUUCAGAUAUGUUCUGAAGCACAAGCCAUUGUUUUUAGCUAUCGUGAGGAGAAUUCUUCAAAUAUGUAGAAAGUGAAAGCAACUAUUGUACAAAAAUAUAUAGAAUAGUUGCUCAAACCAUUGAGGGGUUUUGGUCUGGUUGUAUUAAUUGUCCCCCACGAUGAAAUCAGGGAUGGGACUAUUGAUCUGUCUCCGUACGUUCAUACGUUAGUCACACGCGAUAUCUCAGACAGCACUGGCCCGAUUUUGAUGAAACUUGUGUGAAUGAAGCGUCUACCAUGAUAAAAAACACUUAAUGCUACUCUUUUGACACCAAAUGAGCGAUCUGCAUGAAACUUAAUAUGUAGCAUCUAUGAACAAAGGUCUCUCGGCGCAAUAUUUUCCAGACUAGUACCUAAAACAACAUGGCCACUAUUGAGUCUAGCUAACCCUCGCAAUAUUUUGAUGGAACUUGGGGGAAUUAUCUGUCUUUUAGAAAAGUUUGGUCAUACGCACAUCCUUAACAACAUAGGGGCUGGGCUAAUAAAGAAUAUGGGUAAAGAACAGGAAAGCCUGCACCCUGUUAAAGCUCCCAAUUCGCAGCUUUAUUCACAAUGUUUCGAUCCAAAACAGAUCUUCAUCCAGUCAAACAGACUGAGUGCUCACAUCCCAAAAUAUACUAAUUUCACCUCACAUGACGCAUGGUGGGUGUGGAAACAAUUCAAUUCACUUUUGCGCAUAGUCAAUCAUAUAAUUAAUCCCAGAGGUACUCAUGGUCAUAAAGGAUUAAAUACAUACAAAUUAAAACAUGGGCAACAGUAAAAGGAUUUGGAAAUUGUUGGAAUACCCAAACAUAUGACCAUUACGGGUCGUGCAGUGGCCGUAGAUAUAAUUACAAUUACCUAUUUUUUUUAAACAACUUGCCUACCUCUAAUAAUUUGAUAUCAAUGAGAUGGGCACAUGUAGUAGUUACAGAAAAUCAAAUGUACAAAAUGACCAAGUGGAGACCUGGGUGGCAAGACGAAUUGAACGUAGCAUAUUCAUGUAAGAAAUGGUCUGUUAUCAAACUCUUGGUUCAAACCUUUAGGAGACAUGGUGGACAAACGGUGAAUCCAAUACAAUUCUCUUCUCAGUAAUAGAUUAUCAGUAUUUCCCCUGCUCCUAGUAGCCUUAACAUGUUCAAUACCAAUGUAUCUCGGAGAUCUGAUGUUGUGACGAACCUCCAUGAAAUGCACAGCCACAGGGUUUCUCAAGAGAUCUAAUAUUAUUCCUGUGUUCUGCUAUCCUGGUUUUCAGAGAUCGUUUUGUUUUUCCUACAUAGCAUAGACCACAAAUACACUUCCUCAGGUAUACCACAUUAGAACAGGUAAUGAUACCGUUAAUCUUAAUGGGGUGAUUGAAAAUUGUGCAUUUGUUAGUGAAAUUACACGGGAUACAUCGGCCACAUCUUUAAUUACCAUCCAGUACAUUGUCUAGGAAAGUACUAUGUGACACACGGUGGAAGAUCAGAACUCACCACCAUUUGGCUGAUUUUUGGAGACGUGUCUGAAGACUACCCGGGAGGGUUCUUUAAAUGUCUUUUCCAGUCGUGGGUCAGUGCUCAAGAUGUGGAUUUUUUUUUUCAUUUUAAAUGUAAGAUAUUGUUGAACUGUUUGUCAAGUGGGGAGUAUUGAAGGAACAAUUGGACUCGUUAGUCGGGGACGGGAUGGUUUGGGAGUGAUUGUCAUCCUGGGUCAUAUUUUUGUAACGGUCCCAUGCAGCAUGCAGCCAUUCCUAUGGGUUACCUUGCUGUCUGAAGUGCUCAUCCAGACCAUGUGCUUGUUUGUCAUAAUCACUCUGUGUACUACAGAUCCUGUGUAUGCGACUGUACAGGCUUGCGAAAGUAUUCACCCCCUUGGCAUUUUUCCUGUUGUGUUGCCUUACAACCUGGAAUUAAAAUAGAUUUUUUUUGGGGGGGGGGGGUUGUUUGAUUUACACAACAUGCCUACCAUUUUGAAGAUGCAAAAUAUUUUUAUUGUGAAACGGUAAGUCAAUACUUUGUAGAGCUACCUUUUGCAGCAAUUACAGCUCUAUUAGCUUGACACAUCUAGCUACUGGGAUUUUUGCCCAUUCUUCAAGGCAUAACCUUUUUCAUUUCACUUCAACAAUUUUGACCAUUUUGUAUAUGUCCAUUUAUAUGUCAUCCAAAUAAAAAAAUCCACUUAAAUUACAGGUUGUAAUGCAACAAAAUGGGAAAAAUGCCAAGGGGGAUGACCACUUUUUACAAUGCACUGUAUUGGCUGAUAGGGGGGCUCAUAAGGGUGUAAGCUAUCUCUGCGUAACAGGGAAUUCCUGUUCCGCCGGCUCCCUAUAGGUCUGUGCUAAAGCCAACUCCCUCUUUAUCCAAAUGUCUUGCCCGAGAGAUCUAGCAUUUACAGAAUUACUCAUUGGCCCAAGGGAGGCACUAUAGUAAGCAACUGUAUGUACAUUAGUCACAUGUGAUAUCUGACAACUGCACUGCAUCAUUUGUGGAGGAUGACAUGUUCAUUGUUGCCUUGUUUAACACCGGAUUUAAAAAAGCACAUCUCAAUAGGUGGUUCAGGUAAAUCAUGAUAUCGCUAAAGGGGGACUUUCCUAUUUUUCUCUAUUGCGCCUCUACUUUUCCUCAAGCAAGGGAGAGGCUGACUUUUUAUUUUUUUACCCUUUAGUGUGUGUACUUUGGGAUAUCGCUUUAACAGUAAAAAAAAAUAAUAAUAAUCGCCAGAGGACAUCUUUCAUACUCAAUGUUCCAGGUACAAACAACAGUGUUUGUCAGUCUCUGAUUCAUCUACAACAAAUAAUGGUUUUAACUGAAAAGCACCAAUGUCCUAGUGAAAUAAAUACCCAGUGAACAGGAGGGAGCAAUGUUCUCUGCAUGUAUUUGUAAGGACAACAUACUUGAAUCAUUUAAGACUUGAGCCCAUUUUGAAUUUAACAUUACCUACCUAGGUUCUUGUACUAUAUUGCAUAUAUACAUGUAUGACUAAUUGCGGUCAGUUUGUGGCUAAUUGCAUCUUUCAGUAAUAAUUUAGACUGCAAGAAACCCUGGCUGCUGUAACACAUCACCUAGUAUACUGUACACCGCCACUAUGUUAUUAAGAAUCUGAGACUGCAAUCCACUGAUUUGACAACAUAUUCAUUACCCCCUCUAUUCAUUGAGACAAUGGUUUAGCCCUUAAUUGAAUGGUUUAGACCUGAAAUGAUCUCAAAGAACAGAAUACACACUGAAAUAUCUUUAGAAGUUGUAAAGUCUCCAUCUCAAUGAUGUGUUCUUGUAGCUAAUUAAUUGAUUUGGCUUCUAAUUUUAUCUACCUCCGUUUCUGUUCAAUGCAAUUGUGUUGCUUGUUCAGUCAUUAUAGGUCUAAAGAAUACCAGAAAAGCCUGCCUCAGUUUUUCAUAUGUAACAUUUAAAACGUAUGGCAUUUGAUAAACUGCAGUGUUCUUAAAAAAGCAAUACUGGUAUAAAACUGUUUGCAAAAAAAAAAAAAAAAAAAACUACUGGAUGUACACUUGGUAUGCCCCCAAAACACUUUAAAUGAUCUUUCCAUCAAAAUGUUCCAUGUGCUUUCACAUUUGUGUUUGCAGUCAAACUUAAGUGAAUAUCCACUUUUCUUUCCAUGUCUGUAGCUAGGUUUCUAUCCAAUUGACAGAUUCAUACGAAUAUUUAAAAAAUUAACAAAGAAAAUACUGCAUGCUCACUUUCCCACCAUAUUUAUAAAAUUGUACCGAAACUUCCAUUUAAAAAAAAUAAUACUUUUACUUUACUCACAACUGUGGAGGGAAAUGUGGUUUGUGUCGUAGAUGUUUUACCUUCUGGAGUCAUUAAAAAGGGAAAUAAUCUGACAAUGUUAUGAUGAUGUGAUGGCUUUUAAAUCAUACCAUUUUACUUUUAGCCCAGUCCUGUUGUAUAAUUCUUAAGCAUUGUCUGUGUGACCACUGUUUUUAUUCUUAUUAAUCACUGUGAUUUUUCUUAUCUGCAACGAUUGUGUUUUGGGGUAAAUACUCAUUUGUGGGUCAUUCCUGGUCCUUGAAGGCUGCGGUGUCUCGUUUGUUCUUUUGAUUGGUUUUCUAGCUCAAAAUCAAUGCUUGAUUAUAUAGCAACUAUGAAAACCAAUAGACAGGGUGGCCCUCAGACGAGUUGAAGAGACUAGCUGGAUUACCUGAAAAUAUACAGUAAAUAUAGUAGUUAAUGGAACCAUACAGUACCACUGAACAAAAGAGUCAAAGAUCUGACAAUGGGUAGUUUCUAUUUUUUUAGGUGGAGCCAUCAAUGGAGAAAUAACCACUAAUAUGUUGACAUUUUUAAUAGCCAGGAGUAUAUUAAAUUGCGAAAGAAACAUAAAGGUAAUUUAAUGUAAAUUGUGAUAGUACCUGAAUUGCUGCUUAGUGCUUACCCCACCAUAGUCUAAAUUGUACAGUGUAAAUCUUAACAAAGCGCCUUGCCCUCAAGGAGGUAGGGUUAAGAUCAUGCCUUCUGUUAUUGUCUAAGGGCAUAAUCUUCACAGCAAUAAAUCACAUUCACCUGUAUGCCUUCAGAGGCCAGAUUAAUGAGGGCUGUUGGAUAAUACCAAUGUAUAGAAUCUCAAAAUGUAGAUUCUAUUUAUAUGUAUCGAUUAGCCUUAGGGAUUUGGCUUUGCAACAUCAAGUUCAGUAAGGUCCAGUUAAUUUAUACUGUACAUGUAAAUUGUAAUAUCAUUAAAUGUUUUUGAAAAUCUAAAAAUAUAGUAGCAUGAAUUUGUAGCUAUUUGUAUUAUUGAGUAGUUUCUUGCUACCCUUCAUAAUUCCAGAGAAAACCCCUUUGGAAAGCAUUUGUUGGCCAUGGUUACACUCCUUUCAGCACAACAAUUGAUUCCAAAAUACUUUCAGCACACAGGAAGCUGAGCACCAUAACAAUUUCAAUAAACCUACAACAGCUGUUCCAUUUGUUGUUUUUAGAGAUUCAUUCAAUGUGAUAACCUUGUUUUAUAAUAUGAUUUCUAGGAGGGGUGAAAUAUUGAGGCUGACCCCAUUUUGUCUGUAGGCUACACUUUGGACAAAUGAAUAAACAGACACUUACUGGUUAUUCAAACAA